AUGCCCGAAACAACUGCCAACCCCGUAGCGUCUCCCUCUCGUUCACGGGUUGCUUACCACCCUUACCGCUCCCAAGCUUCCUCAGCGCUCUCCGAUACCACGGAUUCGAUAUCGAUUUCUGGAUUAUCUCGACGUGAGAGUACUGAUGACCCCGAGACGCGUGAUGCUCCAAGGGGUAUUCCAAGGUCUCAAACAUCUCACUCCAGGGCCACUUCAAUCGCCAUUAUUGAGGACAUGAGGACCGGGACCCCGUUGUAUGAUAUGAACCCAACUCAAGUUCGUGGAGAGCAGCGUCGCCAAUUGCGCGCCCAAUAUGCGUGUUCGGAGCGAUGGCUGCAGGUGGUGGAGAGAUGUCAUCCGUAUGAGCUCCCUUCGCCUGAGGAUUGUAGCGAGCAUGCUCCAGAGGAGAUGAAGGCUUUGAUACAUGUUCCAAACCGUGCGCGGGCUCGUGGUAACGCCAUCUUCUCUCAUUUUUUCCGUUCGGUCAAAGUCUUCGAUGAGGGAGAAGAAAAGAGCAAAUACAUCUGUGCCAUAAUGACCGACGACUCCUGCAAGACCAAGUUAUCCGGUGGUGCUGGAAUGAUCGGCCGGGAAAGUCAUAUGAAUAGCACCCACAAAGCAGUGUACGAGGCCUUCCGAUUAUUCCAGGGGCUCCAGAAUUGCCUGGAUCGCUUGCCAGUCGACCCUCACGCGUCCCAGGAGCAACAAGAAUACCAAGCACCUUCGACCCCCAAGCGGACACCCAGGAAAUCGAAAUUUCAGAGCGCCUUACCCGGUAUUCCGAUCCCUACUUUGGAAGAUAAGGCAACUGUGGAAACAUGCUGGCUAAAUCUCCUCAGCGAGGGUGCGGUGAACUACUCUUUGUUCGACAAUCCUAAUUUUCGGAAAAUCAAGGCAGUGAGCAUGCGGGGAUUCGACGUCCAUGCCUCACAGACGAUGAAGAAGAAAGUCGCCAAUACCACCCGACUGUUUGCCAGGGACUUGGACCGUUGCGCUAUUACAUUCGACGGCUGGACAAGCGCGGACCAGCGCAAGUAUCUGGGGAUCACAAUGCACUACAUUACCACAAGCUUACAGACGGCAACAAUCCUCCUCGACAUGGUGCUAAUUGAAGGAGAGCGUCAGACGGGAGAGUAUCUGCUUAAGAAGAAGUUCUCGCAGCCUGGGCUUUGGAAGGCAAGAACCCACCCGAAUGCGAUGUCAAUCCUGGCAGAGGAGCAGAAGGUCCUGUUCGGCAAGAGCUACAAACUUCUUGCGAUGAACCACACUAGAUGGAACUCCAAGUAUGUAAUGAUCGCCCGGGUCGUCAAGGUUUCUCCGGCCUUCGAAAAAGCAUACCGACGAAUGCUUGCAGCCCACAACGACCAACGAGCCAACGCCCUCACGCUCAAAAAGCUCAUUCCAUCCGGAGAAGAGGUCGCUAUCCUCAACGAGCUCAUUCGACUUCUCCAAGGAGCAGCCAACUUCACCCAUUGGGUAGGCCAACUUGAGAACCCGACCAUCCCACAAGUCUAUCCCAGGAUUGAAGGAAUCCUUCCUGCUAUCGACACUUUCGUCACCGACGGACCACGAGAGAUGCAUCAACAGCUGGAGAAAGAGUUGCGACAAUCAUGGAGCUAUGAGACUAUCCCCGAUUCCAUGCUGGUGGCCAUAUUCCUAGCCCCAGCUUAUGGAAAGCUCGACAUGUGGAAUACGCCGCUCCCCGCCGAUGCACGCCUCCCCCCGGCCUUCGAGGUGACAGAUAUGGUCUUCCGAAUGUUGAAUGGAAGAAGCGAUCCAUCGACAUAUUUGUGCAAGGCUAAAUAUUUGGUCGUCGCAGAAAUCAUUCGCUUACAGGAGGAGGACGCCCAACGCUCUGCCCAGAACCGUCAGGAUUCCCAAGUAUCGACUCCAAGCCGCCAGAAGAGAUUCCACUCCGGGCCCAUUCAAACAUUGGUCAGGCGAAGGAUGAAUGCCGCAAUGAUCGUGCAGGAUUACUGCGAGCAAAUAGCGGCCGAGGAGAAUGAUUUUUCCGAAUUUGCAGAUCUUCCUCUGGAUUACUGGAACGAACGGCAGGAAGACCCCGAGGCAGCAUAUUUAAUCCGCGUGGCUCGCGCUUACUUGGGAAUCCCAGCUACAUCAUCUGAAUCGGAACGAUCGUUUAGUCGUGCCGGACGAAUCCUAGGAACCAAUAGGUGCAGGAUGCUUCAUACAACUUUCCGGAACUUGAUGCGCAACCAUAGUUUCAACAAAUUCUUCUGUAGAUUUCCACAUUACUUGAAUCCUGGGUAUCUUUAUUGGCAUUAA